CCCGGUGCCACGGGGAUGGGCUCCGUGGAGUCACGCCUCUGGGCGGGCGGGACGAGGUUCUCCGGCCGCGCCCCCGGCACGGGCAGGGUCGGACGCGGCCAGAUCCCCCGGCGCCCGCUGGACACGCAGGGACUGACCCGCCGGGCACCCAGCAUGCCCGCCAAGACGCUCUGGCUGCCUCUGGCGUGGCUGGUGGCCACAGCCACGGUCACUGUCACCCCGGUGCUCACUCUGGAGGCCUCUCCCAGCUGGAUGACGCUGCUCAGAGAGCACCCGACACCGCCUGUGCCCCCUGCUCGCGCCCCGGCUCCCUCGCAGGACACGGAGGCCCCCGUGCUGCCUGUGCCCACCCCCAGCGCCCACCCCGAGGGCCUGGGAUGGGAUGAGUGGGAUGCCCCCAGCCCCACAGCGCCCGAGGGAGCACCGGAGGAGGCGGGCGCCGAGGCCGAGGGGACCACGGUAGUGCCCACGCCUGGCACCGAUGCCCCGCCCUGCCCCGGGGACGAGGAGCCGGCCGAGAGCUGCGGGGAGCCCACGGGGGAGCAGCGGGCGGCCGUGGCCGAGGCUCUGGGCACCUUCGCCCUCCGCUUCUACCAGCACAUGGCAGCGGCUGCCCAGCCCGACGCCAACCUGCUCUUCUCCCCCAUCAACGUCGCCGUGGGGCUCUCGCACCUGCUGCUGGGCGCCCGCGGAGAGACCCAGGAGCGUCUGGCCGCCCUCCUGGCGUACCCGUCGGGGCUGGACUGCGUGCACGGCGCCCUGCAGCAGCUGGCCAGCGCGCCCGGCCUCUUCUCGGCCGCCCAAAUCUUCCACCACCCAGAGCUGCACCUCCGGCCCCGCUUCCUCAACGACUCCCUGCGCUUCUACGGCGCCCUCCCGGACGCCCUGAGCGGCAACGAGAGCCUGGACCUGCAGCGCAUCAACGCCUGGGUGCGGGAGGCCAGCAAGGGGCUGCUGCCCACGCUGCUGUCCGCGCUGCCCCCCGAGCCCCGCCUGCUGCUGCUCAGCGCCGUCCACCUGCGCGCCGCCUGGCGCACGCCGCUGGACCGCAAGAAGACGGUGCUGCUGCCCUUCCUGCGGCCCGGGCACCCGCCCCGCGAGGUGCCCACCAUGACCAGCGCCAAGUACCCGGUGGCCUCCUUCACCGACUCCCGCCUGCAGGUCCAGGUGGGGCGGCUGGAACUGAAUGGGGGGCUGAGCCUGGUGGUGCUGAUGCCACGGGGGCCCCUGGAGCCUCUGGAGACCCUGGAGCGGGCGCUGGACGCCCCGACCUUCCUGGCGCUGCUGCGGCGGGCGGCCCGCACCCCGCACCGGCCCACCGCGCUGUCCCUGCCCCGCCUGCGCCUCGACCUCGACCUGGACGUGGUGGCUCUGGUGCACGACAUGGACUACGGGCUGUUCCUGGACGCGGAGCUGUGCGGGCUGGCGCGGGGCCCGGCGGCGGUGGACACGGCGCGGCACCGGGCGGUGCUGGCACUGGACGAGGCCGGCGUGGAGGCGGCGGCGGCCAUGGCCACCUCGGUGGCGCGCUCGGCCCUGGUGCUGGAGGCUCUGCGCCCCUUCCUCUUCGUCCUCUGGCACAACACCGGCGACUUCCCCGUCUUCAUGGGCCGUCUCAGCGACCCCCAGCCCUGACUCUGCCCCUCCUGUCCCUGGCCUCCCUCCUCCCACCCCUCCAUCCUUCGCUCCCGCCUCCUCCUCUCCCUCCU